AUGGCAGCCAGGACUUUGGAAUCGCGCUUCGAGCGCAUGUCCGUCAACGACGAGAACAGCCUCGGCGACUCCAGCAAGCUCUACCAAAAGUCAAAGGCCACCGUCACAACGACACAAUUGUCGCACAAUACGAAUAGAUCCAACAUGUACAAGGUUGCAUUACAGACCCAGAACACAAACACUGUCGCAUCCGUCACUCUUCCUUCACAACAAGCACAGUGGAAAGGCUCGCAGCCGCCGUCUCCCCAGCGAAAGGCUCUUCCCAGCAGCGCCCGGACGUCUGCAGAGUCGGCCGAGGACCGCAAGUCAGUGGUCCCAGUGCCAGUCCUGAUUGAGCAGCCCACCAUCAAGUCCAUGCACCUGGGCAUGUUCGAGAUCGGACGGCCACUGGGCAAGGGCAAGUUUGGACGUGUGUACCUAGCACGAGAGCGCAGCAACGGCUACAUCUGCGCCCUCAAGGUCCUGCACAAGAAUGAGCUGCAACAGGGCCGCGUCGAGAAGCAGGUACGCCGCGAGAUCGAGAUUCAGAGCAACCUGCGACACCCCAACAUCUUGCAGCUGUACGGUCACUUCCACGAUAGCAAACGUGUCUUCCUCAUUCUCGAGUUUGCCUGCAAGGGUGAGCUGUACAAGCACUUGCGCAAGGAGAACCGCUUCCCCGAAUGGAAGGCCGCCCAGUACAUUGCCCAGAUGGCCAGCGCUCUGCGCUAUCUUCACCGCAAGCACGUUAUCCACCGAGACAUCAAGCCCGAGAACAUUCUUGUCGGCAUCCACGGCGAACUCAAGAUUUCCGACUUUGGCUGGAGUGUACACGCCCCCAACAACCGCCGCAAGACCAUGUGCGGUACCCUCGACUACCUGCCCCCGGAGAUGCUCAAGUCCGGCAGCCAGGACAACUACUACAACGAAAAGGUUGACCUUUGGUCGCUUGGUGUGUUAGCCUAUGAGUUCCUGGUAGGCGAGGCACCAUUUGAGGACUCCCCAGUCAUGACACAGAGAAGGAUUGCCCGUGCCGACAUGACGAUUCCUUCGUUUGUGAGCGCAGAGGCGAGAGAUUUGAUCAAGAGGUUGCUCGUGCUUGACCCCGAGAAGAGAAUUCCGCUGGACCAGGUUCAACAGCACCCUUGGAUCAUCAAGCAUUGCUUGAAGGGUGAACGUGCCACCAACCGGGAGAAGGGGGCACAAUGA